GGUCUGGGUUGGGUAAGGUGAGGGCUCCUACGGGUGAGUACCACUCACUUCAUUGACUCGUGCGUACGCCCGCACGUCUGUCAGUCCAUCCUCACUCACUCGAUCCUCGCCUGGUCACGUAGCCGCUCCACCGUGCCCGGUCUUCGACUAUCUUUCCUCCGAUAAUCGCCGUUGUCGCCGUUGCUGUUGCCGUUCUCGUUCUCGUUCUCGUUCUCGUUAUCGUUAUCGUGCUCGACCUCCGCGCGUCGAGGUCAAACCCGGGAUCCGACAUCGCGCACCGGACCGUCUUCGAAUCUCGGUCUGCCGGUUCCGGGCCACCAGAUCCAGCCGCGGUAUCGUUCCGGCUCGAAACCACACCGGCUGGAACCAGCCUGAGGACCACCAGCUUCAGGAUGACCAGCCUGGCCAGGAUCCUUACGGUCAUGUUGCUGUUGCUCCUGAAUACGUCCGCCACCAGGGGCAAAAAUCAGCAGAUCAAGCCCGGUUGCAGGUACGAGGGGCGCAGAUACCAGGAGGGCGCGUCGGUGAUCACGUCCGAGCCCUGUCUGCAGUGCAGGUGCAUCGAGGGCGCGCUCAGAUGUCGUCUCCGAGUUUGUCCACGAUUGCCGAACCCGCCGCCAUCCGGAUGUCGAGUUCGCCCGCCGGGAGAGAACGUCUGCUGUGCGGAACUAGUUUGCAGCGACACACGAGACUCGGCGAACAUUUUAAGAAGAUCCAACGCCCACAUAGAGCAGGAAGAGAAGCACGAGGAGGAUUACCAGACUUCUCGUUUUCAAGGUUGCCUGCACGAGGGCGUGAGAUACGGGCCAGGUUCAGCGAUGAUGGGCUCACGUAGAUGCGAGUACUGCUACUGCAUCUCCGGCGCGAGAAGAUGCAUCAGACCGAAGUGCCUGUUGCCCCUGCCAGGAUGCACUCCGCUCUAUGCGCCGCACUCCUGCUGCCCCGUUGCCUACAAUUGCACCCAUCUUCACUCGUCCACGCUGGCGCCGAUCAUGGGAAACGGGUGUCGCGUGGGCUCCCGCGUGUACGAGGAGGGCGAGAUGGUCAGGGACAUCGAGUGGAAGGCCGCCUGCGACAAUUGUUUCUGCGCGAUGGGCGCGGUGCGUUGCGUGCCGCUCGCCUGCGCGCCUCCUCUUCAAGGAUGCAGCCCCAUCGUCCGCGAGGGUCACUGCUGCCCGUCCACCUACAAUUGCAGCGGUAGCAUCGAGGUUAAGGCCACCCAGAACUACGCCUCGUACGCGUUCAUCAGCAAGGACUACGCCAAGUUUCGCAAGGAGACCAAUUUCUUCCCGAUAGUGGAGCAAAUAACGAGCCCGCCGGUGGAGGGACGAGGUCAUCGAGUAGUCGAGGAAAGGAUCGAUUCGAGCACGACCGUGCGCGAGGAAUCGUCCUCGAUCCCGACCGAUUCCACGUCCUGGCCGUCCACGUUCGAGACGGACAUCAUGGACAACGAGAUUCUGGUCGAGACGGUGGACUACGUGAAAUCCAGCCCGGAAUUCGCCACGACGACGCCGGCCAGCCCUGAAGAGUCGACAACGAGUGCCGAAUCGACGACCUUGGAGUCGACGUUGGCCAGUAAAGAGGACGAGGAUCCGUCGAACGACCCGACGACGACAGCGACGACGACGUUCUCAACGAGCGGCGCCGAGGGAUCGACGAUCACCGUGAUCGAGGAUCUCUCGUCCGUGGCGGACACAGCGACGGAAUCGACAACUCUGUUACCAGAAGCGACCGGAAACGAUACGGUGACGGAGGACUGGAGGAGAAUAAACGUGACUCUGUGGAACAGGGACACGAUCCACUCGAAUGCGACGAGCGCAGCGUUCAAAGAAGAGUUCGUGCACGGGAACGCCACGAUGGAGCCGGCCGAGGCAACGCAGUCCAUAGGCAAAGGGACGGUCAACAAACCGUCAUCCACCGUGCUAAUGCCGGAUGACAUUCUGGUGAUGAACGUUACCGUGAAAACGAACGUCUCGGUGGGUCAUAUUCAGGGUGUCACGAUAAACCCGAUUAGGUCAAUACCGCCGGACGUCGAGGCCAUACUGAACAUUACUCCGAAGGACAAGGGGGUCGACUACGUUUACGAUUACAGCGAACCCACGUUGCCGCCCUCGCUACCGAAUGUCAGGAUAAUUCCGUUCGUGGCGGCGGACGCGCUGGUGAAAGACAAGACAGUUCCGUCGCCUGUCACCGGAUACCCUUCCGGCUCGGUGGUCGUGCCCCUGGAAUUGCGACCGACUGACACCUCCGGAUUUUACGAUAUCGCCACGCAGGAGAACAGAUUUAGCCCGCCCGUCGAGACCGAAGGUGGAUUCGUGCCGCGUGAGCCGCCGUAUUUCGACGCCCCUUAUCAUUCCACCGAUUUGAAUCUGGAAAUUGGAACUGGCGUCACCGUGGUUCCCGCGCCAAUCACGAAUCCGCAUCGUAAAAGUGACGUCAGCAACUGCCUCUUCGAGAACAUGGAGCACCGGCACGGCGAAAUUUUACCCAGCAGCAGCAUCUGCGUGAUCUGCAUGUGCUACUACGGCGAGGUGGUGUGCUCCUCGGAGAAGUGUCCUCCUUUGAAGAUCGGCUGUCGACGGAUCAACACCGACAAGACCUGCUGCGGAAGAAUCGUCUGCGUGGAGGCGGACGAGUCCCCGACGCUGGUGCUGGACCGUGCGGACGCGACGGCGCCGUCGCUGCACCAGCCGAUAGUGUCGCCGGAUCCAUUCCGGGACGUGAUCAAGACCGAGCCGGCCCCGGAUCUGCCGUCGCUGAUCGAGGACAUGCUGCCGUACCUGGUCGAGCACGGAAUCACCACGCCGAGACCGAGCAGCAGCAGCACGACCCUAAAUCCUCUGCAGACCCAGGGAUCGAAUCACCUCCAGCAGUCGUUCAGCUUCGACUACAUAGACAAGCUGACGCUGAUCCGUCCUCCGUACGACUACAGGCCAGAGGAGACAGGAGGAGGAGGAGACAGGCUAACGGGGAACACGAAGUACGUCGUGAACCAGGACAAUCAUCUGAAGGAGCCUAUCCCGGCCGGCUAUCCGAAAGACAGCGAGCCGGACCACGAGAAAGUCGGCGUCGAGAGAGUCGAGUACGAGAAGAUCGGCUCAUCGGUCGCGGAACAAUCUACCAAGCUGCCGGAGGAUCGCUCUAAGAACCUCACCGAUCCUAACUCGAGCCUCGAUCUCGUUAAGUCGAACAGUUCGAAGAGCGACGACACCCAGGCGGGAUCGAAGCCGGACGAUUCACCGUCGCAGAAAGGGGACUCCAAGGUUCAUCCGGCCACCUUGAAGAGCCCCGAAGCUACGCCGUUGCCGGAGGAGCCGAUCUUCUCUCUGGACAGCGUCCUCGAUCUGCUGUUCUCGAGCAACAACGAGGCCAGCACCGAAAGCUCCGAGGCUCCUACAGCUGUAACAAGCAGGUCCGCGGCGCAGUCGAGCACAACAACAAGGCCGUCGGAGGACAGCGGAGGGCCGGCCACGGAGACCGGAACAUCCUCGAAGAUCCUGGAGAACGAGAUCCCCGCCUCGGUGGCCAGUUUGCUGAAGUUGGCCGGAUGUAAUAUUUACGGGAGGAUGUACCGUGUCGGCAGGAUCAUCACCGAGCUGUCCGGACCCUGUCUAGAGUGCAGGUGCACGGAGAUCGGUGUCCAGUGCAAGCAGCUGCAGUGUUGAUUGCGGGCUGCCGAGUUGGCGAGGUUGUCUUUCUUUCUCUCGUCCCGCGGCGAGAUUGGGGAACGGAUUGAUGCAUUCACUGCUGUUUGACACUCGUUCGACGGCCGAGCCGAGCUUCAUGGGGAUCCGGCUUUAUCGAAGGUCCGGUCAGGAUCGCUGUUCUUUGACCCUCCGGAAACUAGAUUGCGGGUUUUUAUAGCGGUUGCGAAGUACAAAACGCGGUAAGCUGCGGUAUACAGUGAACGCCGGUGUUCGCUGGAACUUGAAAGGGCUUUCUCGGCUGAAUGUGACGGUGGAAUUUUUAAUGGAAGAGGAGAGCUAGUUUCGCGAAACGGUUCAGAGAAAAUAAUUCGAUCGUGGAAAGUUCGAAAGAUUGCGAUUCGCAGGGAAUUAUUGGAUCGCGGGUCUACGCGGGCAAACGCGUGCGGACACCUUCUAAAAAGGGAUUACAUUUUUCUGAUUAGACCUGACGAGUUGAAUUAUUUUAAGGUUUCUUUUUAGCAGACGAUGCGCGACAAAAUUAUUGCAAAAAUUGCGAUUAGGUGGCGCGACAACAAAAUUUUGUUGAAUCAAGUUUUUCUGACUGUUUUAUCCGAGCAUGUAACGAUAAUUCGAAUGUUCUGCAGCAAUCGGAAUGAACCGGAAUUAAGUGGAGAUUUCAUUCUUUUUCAAAUCGUCUUGAUAAACUAAAAAUUCUUCGUACUUAAAUAAAUACGUUUCUAUUCAGGUAGAAUUCUAUUUGAUAGAAAUUUGAAUUUUCACGAAAAUCCGCAAGUUAUUUUCGGAACAACGAUAUAUUGUGAUCGUCUCAAAGUAACAAGAUCGAUCGUUUCGCUGUUAAUCGGUCAAUUAAAUUGGGUCUCUCUUUCUCUUGGUCAGAUCUUCGACGUCCGAGUGUUAAUCACAGUUUUACUCUAAUUGGUAAUUAACAUGGAACUGCCUAAACCGGAAGACUGAAAAAUCGAAUCGAGAUCGUUGACUUACCUUUUUCACAUCUUUUUCUUUUUUUUUUUACGUUCGUUAACUGUACUUUGUUUCCUUUUUUCUUUCUUUCUAGAGACACGAGCAGUGAAUACGUUGAUUCGUUAGUGUCAGGCGCUCCUUCGUGGCUCUCACUUUCAUUUAGCGAUUAGGUGAUCGGGGAGAACGCCGCCACGGUUGAACGAAGUUUCACGUAAUUAUAAAUCCAUUGUGAUCCGUAUGAUGUGGCGUCGAUUGAUCCAACGGUGGCACGACUAGCGACGAUAUUGUUAAAAACGAAUCGGUAUCAACAGAACGUAACAGAAUUUGUAGCUUAGGGUUUUCGCCCGAUAAUCGACGUACUGCCAUACGUUUCAAGUAUGUGCAAAAUUUGUUAAAUUAAACGAUCUCUUGUAGUCUCGAUGAGAAGGCUCAUUAACCCCUUGCAUUAUGUGAGUCAGACUUGUCGUCACGAUUUCGCAAAUAAUCCACUGAAUAAAAAUUUUAUUAAAAUCCA